CACUCCUCCGAGCUCCUUCACUUGGAGAGGUCAACAGUCACCGAGCAACAAUGAGAGUUCUGAUUUUGUCGUGUUUGCUUGCGGCGGCGGUUUCCGCCGGAUACGCUCCUCAGGGAUUCGGAGGGCCGCAGCAUGGAUAUGGUGGGCAGCAGGCUGUCGGGUACAGCGGACCACAGCACUUCCCGGUGAUCCAGAACGGCGUUCCCGUGGAGACGGAAGAGGUGCAGCACGCCAAGGCCAACCAUUACGCCGCUUUAGCGCAGGAGCAAUCCCAUCCCGCUUACCAGCACGGACCACAAUUCCAGGAGAAUUACGAGCAAGGACCUGCUGCAGGACACGGUGCUCCUAGUUAUUCCGCUGGACCUGCUCACAGCUUCUCCAACGGACAACACUUUGCUCCAGCUCCACAAAGUUAUGCUCCAGCUCCACAAAGUUACGCUCCGGCUCCACAAAGCUACUCCCCGGCUCCACAAAGCUACGCUCCAGUCCAGAGCUUCGGCCCAUCUCACGGUGGAUUCGCUCCUCAAGGUAAAGUAGCUGUAGCCCCUGCGUACGAGACGACCCACGUGAUUCCUUCCAUCGGGCAGGACGGUAAACCCUUGGACACUCCCGAAGUGCAAGCCGCCAAAGCCCAUCACUUCGCCGCCGUCAGCGAAGCCCUGGCGAGGGCUCCCAAAGUACAGCCAGGACCACAAGGUCAUCAAGGUCCUGCCCAUUACCGUUACCGUCGUGGCAUCUACUCGCACAUUCCUCUGGCCUACGCGGGACCUCAUCACAUCCCAGUUCUGAGCCACAAAGGUGUCCCAGUUGACACAGUGGAGGUACAACACGCCAGGGCUCAGCACUUCGCCGCCCACGCCGAAGCCAACCACGGCUCCGGUUACGCCAUCCACCAGAACCACGCUCCCGUUUACGGUUACAAGGAUUCUUACGGUUACGUCCCGACCAUCGCCCACGACGGUACACCCUUGGACACACCGGAAGUCGAGCACGCCAAAGCCGCCCAUUUCGCCGCCCAUCACGAGGCUUUAGCCCGCAACUCGAAACACCUGCAACCAUCAUACAACCACUACUACCAUUAAUUAUUGGUUUUUUUCCACAUUAUUUUCGUGUGUGUAUGUGAUCGUGAAUCUCUCAUUCAUAGACUGUCCAAUCCCGGAGUUUUCGAGUUCUUCGAAUAGCCGGGCGUCCAUCCCAA